CACCGGAAGAUCUGCUUCCAUAAGAAGUUACCAUCCAUAUUCUAUCGAGAUUAACCAUGGAUGCCGAAGAGGAAAGAGAGAAGAAAAGAGUCAAACUUGCAGGUGAUCCUCUCAACAGAGCGAUGGUCCAGAGAGAUCUUCAUGAUCUCCCACUGGAUAUGCUGCUCGAAAUGCUAUUAAGACUCCCGAUCGCCUCUCUGAUCCACUUCAAGACCACUUCCCGUGCCGGCUAUGAUUUAAUCGCCGAUCCAGGACUCCCUCUGAUGUUCCGCAACCGGGUAAGCGACUCAAACCCAUCUCUGAUUCUCUUCAACCACAAUUUGGUUGGCCCCUGGCCCCGGCAACUCUAUUUUGUGGACAUUGAGGGUUGUAGUCGAAGGGUUAGGAAAAUCGACCCACCACAGCAUUCAGAAGUUGAUAAUCUGGUGAGUUCUUACGCUGUGAGAGUCCCACCAGCGAAUCCAUUUCUUAAUCAAAUUGAAGUUUUUGGAUUUGGGUUUCAUCCGAGGACAGGAGAGUUCAAAGUGAUCAGGAUUGUGUGGUACGAGAAGAUCUUGACAGUCGUAGACCCGGUGCUAGAUGUGGAAGAAGUGGGAGAAGUGGACGAAGGAUUCGCCAUCGUUGAUGAAUUAAUGGUUCAGGUGUUUACCGUAGGAUCAGGAGAGCUACGCCUCCACAAUUUGAGGAUGUAAUCGGACCACCUGAGGCUCCAGUUGAAGGAUCUCUCCAUUGGGUACGUGUUGUUGAGAGGGGAGCAGGCGGUCCUAUCUUUGGUAUUAUCUCCUUCGAGCUUGCAGAUGAGGUGUUCGAAAAAAUUCCGCACCCACCUUCUCAACGAUUUGUGUCACAUCACUACAGUCUUUCCGUGCUCAAUGGGUGUCUAUCGGCUGCUAGGUUAGUUGAUAAUUUGCAUUUUGAUAUCUGGGUGAUGAAGCAAUACCAUGUUAAGGAAUCUUGGGUAAAACAAUUCUCCUUUGAUCCCUAUUUUGCUGGUGGAUGGCCAAGCUUUUUCACAGUUACAUGUGCACUGAAAAAUGGUGAGAUUCUGUUGCAGAAUGAUGACAGUUCUCUGGUUUCUUAUGAUCCUGUGGAAAACAGAUUCAAGAUUCUUCAAAUGAGUGGGUUACCCAAUUGGUUC